AUGCUCACAUCUACACCUAGUCUAGCUGUCAUGUCAACUCCGCAAGCGCAGCUAUUUGAAGACGAAUUGCCGUUGAUCCGCAGCUGCCCUGCCCUCAACGAGAUUCGCAGUGCAGAGCAACUUGAAGACCUCACCAUCGAGGUAAGGAGCAUCUUCGUAAUUGGCGGCCACACACCACAGCAGGCUGGUUCAACUGCCGUAGACGAGUUCAUAGUGAGAGAAAGGUGCUGGUGCCAACGACCGUCUUUGGCCAAUCGACGCCUAGUUGCCGCAUCCGCAGUUGUCAAGGUGAAUGAUGAGCACAGGGAAGGUGAACAGAAGGCCCUGAUUGGCGUUUUCGGUGGAUCUUAUAAAGCGGGCGCCAGCUGGAGCUAUCUUGCCGCCUGUGAGGUGUUUGACGUCAAACAAAAUAAGUGA